UGGCGAUGCGCGACGAAUUUAAUCGGUCGCGAAAACAGAGCUCCCAACUUUCGCAGAUUUCAGUGUUUCCUGUAUUAGCUCGAUGAAGCUAAUGGAGGACGAGAUGAUGUUUCGAUAAAAUACGCGAUCAGACGAUCGGAAGUACAUCGUUGUAUACGCGAAGUGAAGUGCAUUUUUCCCCCAUGUCCGUUGUUCCAACAGAACGAUAACUUUCGCAGGACUUGCAAGCACAAUCUUAUAUAAAUGGGAAAAGUUAAGAAGAGACCAGAAUUGCUACAUUGUGGCAAAUCGCGCAAUAUAUUGCGCAAUUUAAUGCUGAGAGAUUUUGGAUUACGCACAACGCAUAAAACUAGUACGCGUGAAUUGGAGCCAAUAGCUGAAGCGAACCUAGUACUAAGAGAUCAUAAAGAAUUGAAAUGUAAUUUACCUGGUGUUCCUAGAUCUUCAUUUUUGAUGGUUUUCAGUGCUGAUGGGACUAUGAUGGCAUCUACACAUGGGAAUCAUAAUGUUUAUAUCACGGAAAUUUCAACGGGAAAGAACAUUAAAAUUUUAUCUGGACAUCCACGUACUCCAUGGUGCAUAGCUUUCCAUCCAUCUUCGAGUCAGAUCUUAGCAUCUGGCUGUUUAGGAGGUCAGGUUCGUGUGUGGGAUUUAAAUGGUGGUAGUGAAAUUUGGAAUGCUGAUAGUCAUACUGUUAUUGCUUCGCUUGCAUUCCAUCCAUUUGAAAGAUUAUUAGUUAUAGCAACAUACAAUGAAAUUCAUUUCUGGGACUGGAGUAAGUCUCAACCUUUUGCUGUAGCUGCUACAAAGACUGAGAAGGAAAAAGUGAGAUAUGUAGCUUUUGACAAUUUAGGAAGAAAACUAAUCACAGGAAUUGCAAAUACAUCACAAGUUCAACCACAAUGGGAUCGGGCUCCUAUGGGACAAUUACUUAGAACUAGUUUAAUGAAUUUUAGAUAUCCACGAGAAGGCUUCCCGGAUGUUGAACUUUCACCUUGGCAUUUGUGGAAUCAUGGCUCCGUAUACGGAAGAGGAUCGACAGAUAAUCACAUGCCAGAUAGAACUUCCCGAAAUCUUUUCAGUGCGUAUCUGUUUAUGCGCAGAGGUCUCGAAAUGUCCAACUUCUCACGAUUCGCCAAUCACCAACAAUUCAGGAAUGGUACACGGCAGGAAGAGGCGCGGUUUCAACGACGACGUAAUCUAUCUGAAGGUACAAUGUCUAUGCUACGAUGGUCCUCAUACCAUCAUAGAUACAACGACAGACAUCAUGAACUAGUACGACAACUUAGAACCGCUAUGUCGUUUCGUAACAAUGCUCAAUCUUCAAGUACUCCAUCCGGUACUGUAACAAUUGAAAUUCGUCGUAAUAGUUUUCUGCCUUACGAUGUAGAACUGAAUCAAACUAACGAAGCUACAUCUUCACCGAAUAUCACGAGAAAUCCUCUUCGCCCGCCCGGCAACCCGGUGAAUGUGGACAAUAUCGAAAACAGAUCAGCAAACGACAGCAACGACGAUUUUCCGAGCAGUUCAAUGAGGAAUCGUGAUCGAGAACCUAACACAACAAACGCUUACUUUGGGGACACAUACGAGCAAUUGAACAACGUGUUGAACAACGGAGAAAGAUUGCGCGGAAGGAAUGUUCGAGAUCCGGAAAGGAGGAUCAAUUUAUGCUAUAGAAGUCUCGUCGAUCAAUAUGUGAGACUCGUAAGACGUUACUUUGACAUUUCCAGAAAUAGAGAUACGAUCGAUCGUGGCACAGAUCCUAUGGAUAUGCCAGAAACAUCCUCUAAUUUGGAAGAGUCUAAUAAUAAUAGAAGAAACGAAUCAUCGGCAGCAACUGAAUCAUCUAUACGAAGAUUAAGAAAUGAAUUGAAUUCCAGCGCCCAAGCAAAUAAUACGAAUCUGGAAAGACAUCUACAACGAUACCAGCGACUGAUGGAAUGUUGUGAGCAGGAGGAUAUCGGAACUAUCCUUCGUAAUUCGAGAGAGGCUUUGAAUGCCGCUGCCGAAAAUAAUAGUUCAUGCCUGGUGCGAUUACAGAAACUGCGAGAGAGAUUACAACGACAGACAACAACUUUAUUCGAAUAUUCCAACAACCGUUAUCGCCUUCGAUUACUUCGCAAUGCUAUCAUUGACGAGAUCGAAGCGCUUAACAAUAUGGAAGCGCAAUUUACUAACACAAGUUCUAGGAUCGAACGAUUGCGAGACGAAUUCGCGAUGUAUGAUUUUCUGCCGCGAAAUCAGCGCGGCACGACCGAUUCUUCGCAGGUGAAUUUAAACGAUGUCGAAUUGAGAAUACCUACACCAAACGACGGACAAUUGCCCAGCACCAGUUCUGCAUCGAUGCCCUCGAGAAUACACGAAUCUAUUGUAUACCCUAGCACAAGUCAUGUCAGAGAAAAUGAAGAAAUCGACAUAAUAUGGCCCGACAGAGCGAAUGGUAGCGAAAGCACUUCAUCAAGAAAUACAGGGAGGGCUAUGAGAAGACGAUUCGAUGCCACAAAUACAGAGGAUGAACCGCCGAGACGACGAAAGCGUAAAUUGGAACUAAUAACGUUACCAGAAUAUCUUGGAGAUAGCUCAUCUUCGAGCGACGAAGGCUAUACGCAAGCAUCGACAUCCCAUAACAGUGCGUCUAAUUUUACAGUUUCAAGUCAUUCAGCGUUUCAGCCAAAUGUGCCCAAAUCUAUCACGCAACGAGCAAGCUCGCAAAAUCGAGAAGCGCCAGCUAAUUCUUCUAGACUAAAUGAAAUUAAUGAAAUUAACAGUCUUCUGGGCAGUUUAAAUAAUGAAUCAAACGAAAAUAAUAUCCAGAAUAAUAGAACAUCAAUUACACAAAAUUCGCAAGAAACGCCGAGGUCUCAAGAAUUCAGUAGUAGAAAUUCAUUUAGAAGAGUGUUGGAUAGUAUCCAACGAAAUUUACAUGCGGAUCGAGUAGAAAACAACAAUACUGGACAACAAGUAUCUUUGGAUGAUUCAGAAAAUGGAUAUUGGCUCCUUGAAGAGAACAGUAAUUCAGAUUCAAAUUUGGAUGAUACGAAUUCCAAUAGUAACUCAAACUCUCGUCGAUGGACCAGCCGAUGGAUACAGUUGGAUAAUUCAAGUAGAAACUCAGAAUACACCAACGAUUUACCAAACGAGCGAACUCAAUCAAGAUCUCUAUCAGGAAAUGGGGAUCAAAGUUUCAACGAUAGACAAAGAGAUCAAAGAAAUCACUUGUUAUCGCCUGUAUCGGCAAAUCCUAUUCGCUAUGAACAACCACCGUUGUUCCCGUUUAGAAGUUUACGAGAAAACCAAUCCCAAAGAAUAGCACAAAAUCAAAUAUCUUCCGGCAGCGGUUCUAACAGUGUUCACUCGCAAAUGUCUAAUUUAGGCAUAGCAGAUACAAUAGAAUUAACAGGAAGCGUUAACGAUAUUGUUGCAGCGGAAAUAGCUGAUCCAACUGAUCGCGAAAGUGUUCGAUCAACGGUAAUGGAUAGGCAACAACCAGGAAAUCAAGAAAACCAGGAAAACCAGGAUCAACAAAGUAUAGAGGACGCACUUCUUGAAAUACUCGAUUCUACUGACGAUAAUAUAAUAGACCCGAGAGAAAGUUCACUAGGAGUUCGGCAAGGGAUUCAAUUGCUUAGUCGUCAUAUUGACAACAUGCAUCGUUUAUGCCGAGCACGCGUAGAAAUAGUUCAGUUAUGUCAAGUACGUAAAAUGUGGGAAGAUUUGCAACGACAAAUACGAUCGUUACACGUGACAGUACGUAUAGAAAGGCAGAACAGUGAUCAAACGGAGGCGCAAAGAGAAAAUCCUGGUCCAUCAACAUCUACUGCGGGUUCAUCGAAUGAAUCGGCGAAGAAUUUUAAGAAAGCUCUUUUAGAGAAUUAUCAGAGAGAGAACAGCGAGAAUGAUCGGGAUGCGAGAUCGUACAUAGAUCAAAAUCAACCAUCAACUUCGAGGGGAAUAACCGAUAUCGAUGGAAAUUGCGAAAAUGGCUCUACGUCAUCUAAUAAUUGUAACAUCGAGGAGAGCACGAAUAUAAGUCUCUCGAAUUUAUUGCCAAGUGAUAUCGAAUUACGACAGAUGCAGCGUCUCAAAUUGGACGAGCUGCUGGACGGGAUCUUCAGACAACAAUCACACAAUCAAAAUUGUCCCGUUACCGAUGUUGCAUCGCGAGCGAAAAAUGACGAUCAUACAUAUGCCAAUUUAACAUCCAACAGCGACGUGCAAUUACCGAGUAUAUCCAGUGUUGUAUCGAAUAUCGGAGCUAACUCGAAUUUACCGGCCGUUACUGCGAUAACGACAACAAUAGAACCAUUACCCAGUAUUUCAAGUUUUGUCAAUAGUAUCGAUCGUGCCAACUCCAGCAGGUCAACCCAAGUAUCAGACACGAAUGUUAAUUACACUACAAUGGACGACGCAAUUACUAAUAACAAUAAUAAUAAUAAUAACGAUGAUAAUAUAAAUGCCAAUUCCCUUAUGCAAGGUUCGACGAAUCAAAGUGAAGCGACCCAGUGGCGAACUUUUGUAUCAUCGGAACUCGAUUCAUCUGCUAAUAACUGUAAUAGACGAGAGAGAUAUGUCAGACGAUUAAAACUAUUAUCUUUGUGUCAUCGCCGUAGAAGACCAAAUCUUAGAGUUCAAUCCAAUAAUCCGUUUCGUCAUUGCAAGCAUGUUAGAAGACCAUGGAAUUUACGCAGAAAUACAUCCCAGAAUAAUAACAAUAACAACGACGGUUUAGAUGCGGAUAUAGAUAGAAUGCAAAGCUCGAACACGUCUGAAUAUUUACAAAAGAUGAUCUUACGACUAGAAACAUUGGUCCGACAGCAGAGAGAUUUAGCUUGCAACAGCAACACUAAUAGAGGCUCAGACGGUGAUAAUCGUCAAUCAGAAUCUGGCAGAGAUAAUGACAAUCGAGAAAUGGAAGAGAUUCGUGAAGCUACAAGAUUGAGAGCUAGACAAGUUCUUGGCUUGAUGGUGAGAUCUCUGAUUCAAUUCUUCGAAGUGACAAGAUCAGGAAAUGGUUCUCAAAAUAAUGUUCUCCUUGAACAAAUGUAUAAAUUGUAUGUGCUGUUACAUCUGGCGCUAGAAUUAACAGAUUUAUUGCUAGCACAAUUAGUGAUAACAAGACGUGAACUGGAAUCUAGUCAAUAUAGAUCUUUCACUACCGAUUUAUCGGUAGAUAACCAGAACGAGAGAACACGUAAUAACAGCGUCGACAGUAGUCUACAGACGGAAAAUAAUCGCGGGAACGAUAACACAUUGAGACAAAACGCGGAUAGAGAAUGGAUUUCUAGCAUCCGUAAUAUGCCAAGCACAUCUAGAGUGGAAUCCGUAGAGGAUCUUUUCUCGAUAAACAGAAAUAGACGUUUCUCUCAUAUGGCGCAACAAUUGAAGCAACUGUUUCGUCAGAGAAUAGAAAGCAGUAAUAAUAAUUCAUCCGAGAAUCAAAGUGAUCCAGUAAUAGCUGCACCUAGUAGCAAUGGCGAUGAUACCAAUUAUGACGAUAACGCUCAAAGCGAAGAUAAUCGGCAUUCGAUCUCCGAGCAUGCUCUGUCAGCAGAGGUGCAAAGUAUUGUGGAAAGAAUCCAGAGUAGCAGUUCAAUCGACAAUGACGAGGUCAGAAUUGAAAAUCGAACGAUCGAUACUGCACAUACUUCGCGCGAAUCACGAAACUUGAACGACAGCUAUCGACGGAAUUACAGAAAUGCUACGGUAUCCGAACCGGCGAUGAGAAGACGCGUCGAUGAAUCAAGAAACUCCCAAGAAAGGAAUACUAGUCUUACCAAUGAAAGUUGGAGAAGCUACGUUUCCUCAUCGGGAGAUGAACAAAACAGCAUCAGAUCGCCGCAACAGAGACCUCGAUGGUCCCGUCAAUAUGUGCGAGAUGCGAAUUCGUCAUUCGAGCGUUCUUUGCACAGAUACGAUAAUUCCAAUGCGAAUUUUCUGAUCGCGUCUGACAAUCGCUUAUUUCUUCAUGGUAGAGAGGGCGCAUCUCUUCGACGAGAAUUCAACGUACCCGAAUUGCAAGUGAACAGCGUGCCCGUGAAUGAUUUUGACAAUUUGUUGCCCAAUAAUCCUCGAAGAAGACAUAACACACCGCCGACCUUGUCGCAUAUACUUCCUCCAUACCUAAUCAAUAAUUGUCAUCACAACAAUACCGACAAUAGAAACAACGAUCGGACAAACGAAUCAACGGUACAAUCUGGACCAGGCUGGGCUGGACUGUCGAACAAUAGCAGAAAUAGAGUAUUGGCGUUUUGGCGCAAUCGAUUUGGACCUCUUUUUAUACCUCGUUAUUCCGAACUCGCGGCUAAUGGAGAAUCACGGGUUGGAGGAAAUGCUAAUGUCAAUCCUGGUGAUAACAAUAAUAGUGGUAGGAAUGGCGAAAAUGGAGCUAAUGGAGAAGGAGGAGGAGGAGGAGAAGCAGAGGGAGGACAAGAUCCUGGAAAUGAUAACGAAUAUCUGGACAUUGAACAUGUACCAUUCAAUCCAACCCAGUUGGAAGCACCCAGUAGUUAUCGAGUACAAGCCUGGGAUUUUUCUAAUGGUGAUAUACCUGAUAUUACAGACCCUGACAAAAACGUUGUGGUGCGUGAAUGUAAAAUUCAGAAUGAUGCCUUUAUCGAUAUAUCUGCAGAUGGGAAGUUGUUAGUAUCUCUUUUGCAAUCGGGUAAUCGUAAUGUGACUACCAUGUUAGGUAUUUAUAGUCUGCAGUGGGAAACACUUGGAGAAAGGAUUUAUUCGACGAAAAUUAAUCACCAGGUAGUAUCUGUCUCGAUAUCACCAACGCAACAGCAUGUCUUAGUAGGGUUGGGAAGAUAUUAUAGCUCCAGGCCGUUUCCGAUGGCUCUAAUCUAUAAGUUAAAGGAGAAACAGCCUGACGAUGAGAAGGAUGUCUCAUCGACUGAUUCGGUAGAAUCUGCAUACGAUUCUUCUGACGAGAUUCUUGACGAUAACAUUUCUACAAAUGGUAUCCCGAGACGAAACAACAAUAACGUUACAGCCAGCGGUUACAGGCCGCACAUUCAAGACUGGCGAAUACGAAUGAGAACCGAACUGGACAUUAAACGUGGUAGAAAAAGUAUGGUAGUUAUUCGAGAAUUAUUAUCAAGCAACCGGGAAACUGUGGGCCAAAUCAGUCUAAAUUGUAUUAGGUGGGCGCCGCAGCCGGGUCAAGGGAUGAUUUAUGCUACAAGUACCGGACAGUUAAAUAUUCUACAGUGAUUCCGUGUGCAUUCAUAGUAAACAGAGACGAAAGUAAACGUCCUCUUCGUAUUAUAACAAUGCUUACCAUAAAUGUGUCAUAUGCGUAAGACAUAAUAUAGUAUCGCGGUUCACACUAAACUUCUUUUUGGUAGAUCGUAAGAAAGAAUAUAGAUAUAACGCGUGACGAACGAUAAUAACGUUUUUACCAUCAAUCGGAUUAUCGAAUUUGACAGAUUGAUGAUGGUAGAAUGAUUAUAAAUAUCAGACUACAAAUGACCUAUAAUGUUUAUAUUU